AUGAUUCGACGAGAGUUAACGUUAGUGAAUCACCGUAUCGAACAUUUAAAUGAGUACCAGGCUGUAAUGGAGAAGAACAUGAAGAAGAAGAAGAAGAAAGAAAACAUGGUCUUACAGGUGAAAUCGCCACUUUCACGACAUAACGACUUAAGGCGGCGUAUUGGGUUUGAUACAACUGACAAUAUACAGGCAGAUGUUAACAGUAUAUCGGAAUCUGAUAGCAGUUCUCGGAUAUGGAGAAUAUACUCGCCCAAUCAGUGGAACUACUCAACUCCUGACAACGCUGCAGCACCUCGAGCCAACAACAACAACAGUAACAGUAACAACACUUACAACAGUGGUAACAGUAACAGCUCCAUUGUUGAGAGGACUCCUGAUUUUGGGGAACAAUCCGGACAGUCCGGGAAUAGUGAUAAUAAUUGGAAUACCUGAGACAUAUCAUUGCUAAUAAACAAACCUACGAAAUGUGACGAAAUCUGGGAUCUGAAUGUUGAAAGUGCAGAUGUGAAUAGAUUUAAUUGUCGUCUGCACAAGGUGUUAUGCCAGAAAUACUUGCAUACCCCUUGCAUAACGAUGAGCACCAAAAAAGCUGUUUUGCAUUUUGUCCCGGUCACUCUGUUAAAAGUUACUUUUUGUAAGGGGUGAUGUGUUUUACAAUAUGUAAUCGGGUUAACUCUCGCACUUUUUCCGUGUUUGCGCGCGCGCGGCUGGCCGCCCGAAUUGGUAAAUUUAAUUUUUUUAGUUCAUUUUUAGAUCGAUUCGAUUAAAAUGACAUUAAUGUAAUAUAUUUCUUUACAGAUAUUGUUUCCAAUUUUUGUUUUACUUACUAUUUAUUGAAUGAAUUG